CAUCAAUGCAGCAUUGAACACGGUACGCCACAUCAAACAGCCGCACCAUCAUGAGUUGGGCGUUAUUGAGGGCGAUAUUAUGUCUAAUGGGAUCACUUCAGAUCACCCACGGAAACAAUGGAAAGAAGCACAUUACGACCUAUAUUGACGCUUCAUUAAAGUGCCCUUCUGGAUAUACGUACAGCGAAAAAACGCUUGCGUGCUAUAAAGUUGUGAACACCCCUGCUAGUUGGCUCGAGGCAGCUCAAGAUUGUCAAAGUACAGGGUCAUCCCUGAUCGGCCAACAAACAAAAAAAGAACGAAAUUGGCUGGAUAAUUAUGCAGGAUUAAACAAGGAUAUGGACUAUUGGACAGCUGGUCACAAGAGGAGUGGUGACUUCUUAUAUAUAAAAGGAGAAUGCCUAUCUGAAUUCGUCCGUGAUUGGUCGAAUGGGUUACCUGAAGAUGGAGAAUGUGUUGUGGCAGUAACUAACGAUGAUCACAGAGCAGAAGCGAGAUCCUGCAACGAGCCAAACGUGUAUAUCUGCAAAUACAUCGGUGAUCAAACAGGGGCAUGUGCACAUGGGCCUGGUCACGAAGGUUUUGAGUUGAAAGACAUACGCUACAUACUAGAAGAUUACACGAAGAAUUGGACAGAGGCGGAAAGAAUCUGUAGGGAAAUCCACAAUGGCGCCAAUCUUGCCUCCAGCAUGAACAGCAAGAAAGUUAGGAACUACUUCGAAAAACAUAUGUUCCCCACACUCAUGCAAAGUAUUGACGCCACACACACCUUGUGGGUUGGUCAGCGAGUUCGUGAUCGUGGUGGAGUUAGAGAGUACAGAGACAUCAUGACAGGAAAUGCGAUAAGCGAAGGUCUUGAUAAGGCGUAUACGAAAAACUACCGUGGAGGUGACUGCAUUGCUUUUGAACUUUCAAUGGACUCGAAAAAUAAAGUGACCGUUGAAUUUGCAGAACAUGACUGUAAAAAAGAAUUCCAUUUCAUUUGUGAACAAUCCACAGUGCAGGACCCUUUUAUAAAGUCGAUUCGUGACAAGAAAGCUGAUGAACUAAAUAAGAGAGCAGAAAACGCCAAAAACUUACCAGUGUAUGAAAUAAUAAAGGGGAAUAAAGAUGAUCAGAAAUAUACAGCGAAACAACAAUACUUCAAGGAAAAGGGCAUUACUCCAGUCAGGCGUGGGAAGAAGGAUAGUUUAGCUUCCCGAAAGAAAAGAAGCGCCAUGACGUGGCAAGAGGAUGAGUGGGAAAAUGCUGAGAUCCACUACAUGAUAGAUCCUACGAAUUUUCGCCCUGAAACAGUUCAACUUAUAAGAGAAGCAAUCGCCGAUAUGGAUGCCAAAUCGUAUAUAAACUUUAUUGAGAUCACAUUUAUCCCAGAAAGUGAGCGGUAUUAUGACCCAGCACGCCCGUUCUUCAUCAUGAUAGGAAACUUCAACGAUUUUUCUUGGUCUUUUAUCGGCAACGUUUGGUAUUACCUUGAACCAGGCACGCCUAUGUAUGAACACAACUACCAGGAACUUGGCUUAUCAGACACCAUCUGGCAGAAGGGAUCUGUGCAGCACGAGCUUAUGCAUGCGAUUGGAAUCUUCCAUGAGCACCAGCGUAGGGACAGAGACCAGUACCUUGACAUUCAAAUGGAAAAUGUUAUCCAGGGUAAAGAACACAACUUUGAAAUGAUUGAAGCUUCCUGGAUCCAAAAUUUCAACCAUGAAUAUGACUUUGGCAGCAUCAUGCACUAUCCACAAAAUGCUUUCUCUGUUGAUUGGAAUGCAACGAUUACACUUAAAAGUUUAAUUAAUAGCGAUAUAGACCUGGGCAAUAGAGAAGGCAUGUCGGCCAAUGAUUACUCACUUAUUAACACUAUGUACGAGCAUCGAGCAAUGGAUAGAGCGAUCAGAGAUAACACACCAUUUCAGAAAAUUCCGAUUGAUAGUCAAUGGAAUUUUUGGGGUGGUUGGGGCUCGUGUUCUGAAACGUGUGGACCAAAUGGAAAAACCAUCAGGCAAAGGAUCUGUAAUCUACCAGUUGGUAAUGGACUUGGACGUCAGGAUUGUAUUGGAUCAAAUACCGAGCAGAAAUCGUGCAAUACAGGAAUAUCAUGUCCAGUUGAUAUUGUUUAUACUGCUGUCGGGUGCUGGAGAGACGCGGAAACAACUGUAGGAUCAUCUAUGGAGUACGCUGAAGACGACGAUUUGACAGCUCUUCAAACUAGCCCCAUAGACCGAGAAAAUCCAGUUGAGGACUGUGCCAAGGCAGCAGCUGAGGUUGGUGCCCAGUUCUUUGCAUUAAAGUUUGGUAUCUACUGUUACUAUGAUCUUCAACCAUAUGACCAUAUGGAAUUUGGCCCAGCAAAUUGUGAGACUGCAGAAAUAGGAGAGUUCGUGCAAGUAUAUCAAUUAGGCCCAGAACCAGUAGCUGCUCAAUGGUCUGAAUGGGGACCAUAUGAUAUCUGCUCAGCAACAUGUGGCAAUGACGGUACAAAAGCAAGACAUAGAACAUGUAGUAAUCCAUCAAAGCAAGAUGGCGGUCCAGAUUGUGUUGUUGAAAAUGGCCUGGCUGAAACGGAUAUUACACCAUGCGGAAUCAUUCCAUGCCCUGUUGACGGAGAAUGGGAUAUAUGGACUGAGUGGAGUGGGUGUUCCUCCUCUUGUGGUGUGGGGACUCAAACACGUUCCCGAACAUGCACUGCUCCCGAACCCACACAUGGCGGUAACCCUUGCGUGGGCAACGACGGCUAUCCCACUAUUGAUCCUGAGACAGAAACUCAGGAAUGUGAGGAGAGGAAGUGCCCUGUUGAUGGUGGAUGGUCUGAAUGGAUAAACGGCACAUGUGACGCAAACUGUGGCGUAGGGAAAUUACCUCGAUCUCGGUUGUGCAACAAUCCUCAGCCGCAAUACGGAGGUUCAGAUUGUUUUGGGGAAUCGUAUGACUCCAUCCCGUGUGAUACUGGAAUUAAUUGCCCAAUUGAUGGGGGAUGGGAUGAAUGGUCUGUAUGGGGUGGUUGUUCGGCUUCAUGUGGAAGCGGGUCGCAAACUCGUAGUAGAUCGUGCACUAACCCUUCACCUGAAUUUGGUGGCAACGACUGUGUGAGCCUUGCUGGAGAGUUAAGUCUGUUUGAGACGGAACAAAGCGAUUGUGAAGUAAAGAGGUGUCCCGUUGAUGGUGCUUGGGGAAGUUGGACAGAGGGUGGAUGCAGUGUAACUUGUGGAGUAGGGGAGUCGACAAGAACUCGUCUCUGUGAUAACCCACAGCCACAAUAUGGAGGCGCAAAUUGUUUUGGAAGCUCUAAAGAGUUCGUCGAAUGUGAUGAGGGCAUACUCUGUCCUAUUGAUGGAUAUUGGGAAGAAUGGGGAGAAUAUUCUGAAUGCAGUACAACUUGCGGUGAAGGGAGCAAGACAAGGAGUCGAGUGUGCGUUCCUGCAUUAUACGGAGGGAUCAAUAACUGCAUUGGAGAGUCAUCAGAGACACUGUCAUGUGAAAUCAUACAAUGCCCAAUUGAUGGUGGCUUUGGAGACUGGGAAAACGUAGGGGGCUGCAGUGUGACAUGUGGUGGGGGUAUGCAGAACCAAACUAGGGCGUGUGAUAAUCCUACACCCCAAUUCGAUGGUAUGGACUGUGAAGGUGAUAGGACACAACUAAUAGCAUGCAAUGAACAACUUUGCCCACCACGUGUUGUAGACCCACUGAUGCUGGAAGCAACAUUUGCUUGCAACAUGGAAUCAACUGCUGAAAAUGGAUUUCUCUGUUCUAAUGAGCCACUCCAACAGGGAGACUUUCAAAUGGGAGAAGUGUCGAGUAUACCAGGAAGAGAUGGCAAUGCUGCUUAUUUCAAUGGAGCAGAAAGAACAAAUUUGGAAGUUUGUGAAACUGCGACGCCAUGUUUGAACCAACCUGAAGAAUGCAUUGAAGGACUCACUAUGUCUUUCUGGAUAAAACCAGAGCAACAAAAUCAAAAUGAUGUUCCAACUUACAUCUUCUCGAGUGGAGCUGAGAUGGAAAGAGCAACGACACAAUUUGGUGGACAGGGAAUUUCGAUUGUAAUGUGGGAAGAUGGAGAGGUCAAGGUAAAAGUAAGGACAUCUACUCGCCAGUUCGUGGUGUCCAUGCCAAGUGGAAUUUUGCGAAAAGAUGGCUGGAAACAUAUUGCAUUCACAUGGCAUAGCAUGGGAAAAUUAGUUCUGUAUCAUAAUGGUAAUCCUGUUUCGUGGGAUCAAACUGGAAUGGAAAAGGAUUAUGUACCAUCUUAUAAUUGCUUUACAUUCGGAAAGGCUCCUCAUUGUCCUUUACAUUACUAUACUGGUGGAUUGGAUGAAGUUUACUUCUGGGAGAGAGUCUUAAACACAGAGGAAAUAUACCGCACGUUUACAACAGUUCCCACUUCCUGUUCCGACUGCAGUCAGUUUGCCACAUGUAUCGACAGCAAAUGCAGUUGUCUGCAAGGGUUCGCUGGAGAUGGCUUCAAAUGCUCAAAGGAUGGAUCACCAAUUGAUGAUAUAGCUCACGUCGAGAUCCCAGAACCCAUCCAAUUCUGGCCAAUGGACACAGUUCAAGAUAAAGCUAUUGUUGACGGUUAUGCAUUUGUUGAUGGCUCCGUUAUGACUGUCGGAAAUGGAGUGCAAGGAAAGGCUAUUGAGUUUGAUGGACGACAAGAUUUUCUUAAUGCAGGUGAGAUUUCAUGUCUGGGCAAUCCAAACGGGUGCAAUGGCUUUACAAUUGCAUUCUCCAUGAAGUUCUGGGGACGAGGAAAUAGAAGGAAUUACGUUCUCUCCACGGGUGCUGAGGAUGGUCACACAGGUAUCUCCUUCUUUGUGAAUGCCGAGGAGUUUUCCAAUUAUGUGGAAGGAAUAUUCAUCGUAAGACUAGAAGAUUCCAUGUAUAGAAUGCCAUUGACGGUGCCUGUGAACACUUGGGAUCAUUUUGCCUUUACAUAUUCAGCAGACACUUCUUCGUUGAUCUUCUUCCGCAAUGACGAGAUUGCCGGUGUUGUGAACAAAACACCUAGUGGCUCUGAAUCUGGCGGCAGUCCUGGGUUGGUCAUUGGCAAGUCCAACAGCGUGUCAUUGAACGAUUUCAAUGGUUGGUUCAUGAUGGACAACUUAGCGAUUUUCGAUGUUCCAUUAAAUAAAGACCAAGCAUUGUCCCUGUAUGGAUACGGAAUUACUAGUAACAGCAAUCAACUGGCAGCAAGAAGAUAAGAACAAUGAUUGGCGGACAAAGCUUCAGAAAACAUCUUUUUAGGACACCAAAAGAAUUCACUGCAUUGUGGCAUAUGGACCACUUUAGCUUUCUAUUUAGGACUCACAAAAAUGCACUGCUUAACUACUGAGAUAUAUCUUGGACACGUACCCCCUGCACACCUUCAUCACUCCACAAGGAAGGUGAAGUAGAUAGUGUGAGGGGUCCAGAAACUGAUAAAAAUAUGACAUUGAAAUCUAGAAUCCAUGUUACCUUCAACUUUGUUCAUAAAUUACUAGAAUAUAGUAUACAAGAACAUAUUUUCAUAGACAUUUUUGGUACAGGUAUUUUUAUAUGAAUGGUGAUUGUAUUUAUUUUUAUAUAAAUGGUUAAACUUUGUGCUCCGAUGAAAUCACUGCAUACUUAAAGUUUAUACUGCUGAAUAAUCUUAGCAUAGCUCGAUUGGCAGUUUUUGCUGAUACAUACAAAGUGUCCAUCCAAACUGCUCCUCUGCAUUACCAUCCAAAUAACUCAAAAUUUUAGCAUUUACAAAAUGUUGCAAUCGACUUUUCUUCAUGUCCACUUAGGAGUGCCUUUUAUGGACAACAUGAUAAGAGGUGAUGGAAUAUAGUUCCAGUUUAGUAAUAUAUAGAGGUUAUUUAUAAGGAGGGAUUGAAUAUGGGCUUCAUAUCAAGGUGCAAUAUUAAUAUAUUUCUCACUGUGACCAUAUGAAAAUUAAAUCACUUCAUCCAGGUACUAAAGAUAUAUAAACAUAAUACAUAUUAAAUAUGGAUUCAUAUAGGAAAAGAUUAAGAAAGAAGUGAUUCAAAAUCUAGUUGGAAAUCUCAUGCAAAAGCAGGAGAAAUUGGAUAGUGUAAGAACAGAUACAAUUGUCUGAAGCAUGGUAAAACAUUUUCUAGACACUUCAUAAUAACAUGUCAGUUUGGAUCAUUAUUGCUAUACAAGGAAAAUGAAUACGUAUAUACAAAAGGCUGCUGCUUUGAAAGUCAAUCCAAUUGUGUUAAACAAAACAUUCUCUGUCUUCGAUCAAAUAAAUGUUGUUAAUCAACAAAUAAAAAUAA